UCUGUAAAAAGCACGACGCGCUAUCCGUUGAGAAAAACACAUUGCCGAUUCUAUUUAAAUUAUCUAAGCAAUUCUUCGUUUGCGUUACCGUCUCUGGUGUAGUUUGCAUUGUAAAUGGUGUAUGCUCAAAUGCUGUAAAUCGUAUCUGGGUUGGCUGUAAUGCGUUCACAAAUGGGAGUGUAUCAAAUCCCACUAGCUCCUGGAUUAGAACAAAGAGCGGACAAGGUCUCAACAAGAUCUAUGUGGUUUUUACCAAGCAUGUGGUCAUCUUUAUGGUUGAUUGUGGAAAGAGAGAUUCGGCUGAUUCCAACCCUCUGUUUACUCUUCCACUCGUAUAAAUGAGUCACCAUAAAAUUGAGAGGGAGCAUAAAUAUACCCAAAAGAAGAUCAGAGGCAUUUUUAAGUUUUGUUGGUCAUGUGGUCGGGCGCUCAGACCUGUAUAGCAUGAAUGGUUCAAAAACCAUGAACCCUGGGGACAGAUUCUUUGCAGAUAUUUCAGUUCUGGCUUCAACCAUAGUCUAUGAAAAUCCCUUGGUUAUAAGAGAGAGGGUCAACCAUCACUGGAAGAUGCAUUUUGUAGAGCUCUUCGAAUGUUGGAACGAUUACUUGAAGAAGAAAUCUACACAGGCAUUUAUAUUGUGUGAUAAGGAAAAAGAUGCUAAAUUAAUAGUGAUAGCCUUCAGAGGAACACAACCCUUUGAGAGUGAUGAUUACAUAACAGAUGUAGAUUUUUCUUGGUAUGAUUACCCUCAAAUGGGAAAGGUCCACUUUGGAUUUCUAGAGGCUUUGGGCCUGGCAAACCGUUCAAAUCGUUCAAAUGAUAAAAAAUUCUCAUGUCAUUUGGACCCUGACAAUCAAGGUCACAGUAUAGGAGGAGCCUACAAUGUGCUACAUAAAAAGCUGAAAGAGCUUUUAGAAGCCCACAAAAAUGCAAAAUUCAUUGUGACAGGUCACAGUCUAGGAGGAGCCUUGGCUGUAUUGUUUACAGCAAUGUUGUUUGUGAACGAUGAAAAGUUGUUGGAAAAUCUGCUGGCUAUUUACACAUUUGGACAACCCAGAGUUGGUGAUAAAACAUUUGCAGAUUUCAUGAACAGGAAACUGAAUCUGAAUCAGGAUUUAUCCAGAUAUUUCAGAAUCGUGUAUUCCAAUGACCUUAUUCCCAGGAUACCUUUUGAGGAUGUUAUAUUCAUGUACAAGGACUUUGGAGCAUGCCUUUACUACAACAGUUUUUACUCUCUGAAGAAACUUGCGGAAACCCCCAACAGAAAUUUCUCACCUGUGUUCUUCAUACAAAUAAAAAUAGUUGCUCUUUGGGAAUUGUUGCAGUGUUUAGUUCUACAUUACAGAGAGGGAAAGGAAUUCAAAGAAACUAAAGUUUCUAUUUUCUGCAGAAUACUUGGAGUUUUGAGCCCGGGAAUUCUGAUUCCGGGGCUUUCAGCCCACAGCCCAGUAAAUUAUAUAAAUGCAGUAGGGCUGGGUCCUGCAAUACUCAACCCUAAUUUGGCCAGACUUGAAAAUUAAUUCACACAAAGGGCCAAUUACUAGUAAUGGUAGGACUUCAACACAAUUUUUUUUUACAGAUUUUCAAUAUUGUUCGUAACUAUA